UUCACACGUUCACACGAGAGAUCUCAUUGGCAGAUCGAAUCUGCAUUUUCUCCAGCCGCUCCACAACACAUCUCGUGCGUGUGAGCGCACGCACAUGGCGAGUGAUGGUCUCUCAAUAGACAUAGACGGUUAGUUCUUGCCUAGAUAGUACUCAGAACGAGGUUUCAGUGUUUCACUGAGAAUCAGAGAAGCAUAGAACACAAAAAACAUAAGCCAGGAGAGAGAUAGAGAGAGAGAUCGAAGUGCUUUCGCACUCCAUGGAAUUCAGGGAGCGGGAUUACGGUGCCGAAGAAUCAGCAUACUCACUUCCUCGCGUGCCCGCAAAGAAUCAUCCUCUCUUCGCUCGAUCUCUCCCAUACCAGGUUGAUGUUACUGACAAUGGGAAGGAUGAUUUCUGUGAUCCUUUGAGAGGAUUGGGUGCAAAUAUGGCAAUGCAUAUUGGGGAUGUAGAAGAUGUUCAGAGUACUUAUAAUAGAAAGCUUUCUAAUGAAGCUGCUCUGCAGCUGUCAGAAAAAGAGUGGGCCUCUUUUAAGAGAUCACUGAUGCAGAAAUUUUCAGCCACAAAGACAGUCUCAAUUUCGUCGAUGUCUGAUGUAAUAGUAAAAAGUGGCAAGGCACAUGAUAAGUCUUCAACAAGCAUGCAUCUAGAGGAACUUGAUGAUCCACAGAAAAUUGCGGAGGAGGAUGUCAAAGUCAUUACAUGCCAGGAGUACGUUUCAAGAUUACAUGAACUUAAAGAUGAAAUAUGCCAUGCCUGGCAAGCCGAUGAUCGUGUAACAUCUUUGAAAUUAUCCAUCAAGGUUGCUAGGCUUCUGAUGGACACAUCUGUUUUGCAAUUUUAUCCUACAUUAUUUGUUUUAGUUACAGAUGUAAUGGAUAUGCUUGGAGAUCUUGUGUGGGAACGCAUAAAAAGGAGGGCAAAGUAUGCUGAUGAUGGAACUAUAAUCUGCUCUUUGCCAGAGAACUUUAAAGCCAUAGAUGUCUGCCCUGAUGCAAAAGAAACCUGUAAUAACUGGUUUUGCAAAAUAGGUUCAAUCAGCGAGCUUCUUCCACGCAUUUACUCGGAACUGGCGAUAUUACAUUGCUGGCGUUUUCUGCACGAUCAACCUUGUGAAAGUCUUCAGCGUCUGGUUAUGAUGAUGAGAGGAUUAGCAGAUCCAUUGGCAUCAGUUUAUUGUCAUCUUUAUCUGGUCCGGUGUGCUCAAAAAUUGCUUCCAUGUGAUAGAGGAUAUCUUAUUACUUGUAUUAAUGACAUCAGUAUUAUAUUGAUGCGGAUUAUUUCGGGAAAAGAAACCAUAAGCAGAUAUUCUUCAGGAAAUAAAAAGUUGCUUAUCAGCCUAAUUGAACCUACUAUUGAGUGGUCUGUGAAAUGCAUGUUUACGUAUCAGUGGGAAAUAGGUAACCUAUUUGCAGAACUGGGUUUAGGGGGGAAUCUAUCAGAAUCAUCUCAGAAUCCCCCCUGUAUAUCAAUUGUUCUACAUCAUAUUAUCAAGGAACUUCCUGCUGAGAUUGUCAGCUCUGAUGCAUUAGAGAUUGUGCAGCUUAUUGAGUCUAGCAAGGAUUUUUCUUUUGAUCAGCAUUUGAAUUAUACAUUGCUUGGAUUUAAGCUGUGUGAAAGGAGACCUCAAAUGGAUUCUGUCGAUGCUGUAUUGGUAAAAGUUUUUCAGGCGGUUUCUCAAUAUGAUAGCCUUGAUGAGUACUUAAAAGUUGUCGAUGCUUACUUGGAUAUUGUUCUUCAAUAUCAAAUGGAGAAUUAUUUAACUAUAAUUCUAGAUGGCAUCUCAAAACGAGCAUCUGAUAAAGUGGUUGCUGAAAGUGAAUUGGGCAGCUUGCAAUCCAUUUUUAUAAAGCUUCUUACUCAUUUUAAUGACUUGGAAGAUGCAUUUGCAUUGAAUCAUUUUGUUGAGAUCUUAGAUGUGAUGUAUGGGACUUCGCGAAACACUGUCAAUAUGCAUAUCCUUAAUAAGGCAACCAGGAAUGGUUAUAUUCGUGAUCCAACAACCAUACAGUUGCUUUUUGAAAUUUCUCAGGCUCUUCAUGACGGUAUAGAUUUUUCAAGUAUCAAAGAUGAUGAUAAUCAACAGUCAGCACGCCUCAUUUCUCAUUUUAUCCAGAUGGUUGACUAUGGUACAGAGAUGGAUCGCCAUUUAACAUUUUUAGUUGAAUGCCGUGGAGCCUUUGGUAGCAUUAAUGAGCUAAAGGGAACCCUUGUACACUCAAGCAAUUCUUUAGCAAUUAAAGCUAUGAAAGGCACGAACAAACAUGUCAGUUUUGUCAAGUCUUGCAUAGCAUUUAGUGAAGUUACAAUACCUUCUAUUUCAGCUGGCAUUAGACAGAUGAAUCUCUAUCUUGAAACAGCAGAGGUUGCUUUAUUAGGUGGCUUGGUUUCUCAUACAGAUGGGCUAAUUGAAUCGGCAAUCAGCUCUUUACAAAGUUUAGACAUAACCAGAGGCUCUCAAAUAAAUGUUGAUGUUGAUGGAAUUAUCUCCUCAAUACGGAAACUAUGCAGCCUCCUGAUCAUGGUUCCAGGUAAUCCUACAGAAGGAAUUUUUUACAUUCCGAAGAGCUUAUUAUCCCUUGUUACUUCUGAUCCAGGGGUAACACCAAGAUUGAGGGCAAGGACGCUUUGUGCUAUUAUUUCUUUAUCAGCAACAUUCUCUCAAAAUACGCUGCCAUACCAUGUAAAAAAUACAGAGGUUAUGGGUAAUGACAUACUAUUCUUUGGCGAUCCAUCAUAUAACCAAGAACUUUCAUCCAUUUCCAGCAUUUCUGUGCAGAACCUGGUUGAAGGAAUUCAAGAAGAGGUAUACAAAGCUGCACGAGGAACUAUGGCACUUGAAGCUUGUAACUGCAUCAUCUCAUCUUUCAAGGCAAAUCCAGAAAUCUCUCUAAUCUGCUCUAGGCUAAUGGAGAUUGCAAAGUCCUGUUUGAAUGCUAACGACAAGUAUCUGCGAUCAACACUGAACAUCUUGGAUAAACACUUAGCCUGUUCGAGAGAUGCGUGUGUAGUUGUUGUCUGAGGGACAUGUUAGUGAAAGGCUUGUAAGUUAUUCAUCUGUAAUAUAACUGACGGUUUCAUCUUAUAAUUUGGUAAAAUAUCAAUACAAAGGCUUGUAAAGUAGUCAUUUGAUCAUCAAGAAUGUCGUUUCUUCAUCACAACGCCUAUGCAAUGUAACCUCACUUCUAAUCGUAGGGAUAUACAAAUAAUGGGUCUCCUUCCAUUGUCAUUCUCAAUAGAAUCUGCUAGAGUUGGAUACUUAUUCUCACUACGUUUUUUUGUUGAUGGUACAAGCGAUAGACUCUUUUGGUAGUUGAUAUGAAAAUCCAGAGUUCGAACACC